AAUCGAAGAAAAGGGGCAAAAAAGCACAGCUAUCUAUCUGUCUGGUUCAUCAAAGCCAAGGAAGCGAAAACCACAGACCUCUGCAUCGAACCUCGCUCACGCGCACAUACUUCCUCCAUUCUCCCACUUCACGCACAAAAAAGCCACAGACCGCAAAGGGCCAUGUCGUCUCCACCAUGGGACUACAUCGCUAAACUCGUCUGCAUCGGCGACUCGGGCUGCGGUAAAUCCUCCCUCACCAUCCGCCUCUGCGAGGGCCGCUUCUCCCCGCACCACGACGUGACAAUCGGCGUCGAGUUCGGCUCCCGCAUCGUCCCCACGAACCCGGACGGCAGCGCAUCCUCCACCGGCCUCCCCGAACCCCCGCGUAUCUCAGCAGCAGCAGACCAAGGGCCCCAGAAGCACAUGAAGCUCUCCCUCUGGGACACAGCCGGCCAGGAAACCUACAAAUCCGUCACGCGCUCCUACUUCCGCGGCGCCAGCGGCGCCCUCCUCGUCUUCGACCUCAGCCGCAAGCAGACCUUCCAGCACGUGACCGACUGGCUCAACGACCUGCGCCAGAUCGCCGAGCCCGACAUUGUCGUCAUCCUCGUCGGCAACAAGGCCGACCUCACCCAGGGCGAGGACGGGGACGGCAACAACAAGCGCGAGGUGACAAAGGUCGAGGCCGAGGAGUGGGCCAAGAGAAACGGCGUCUUCGAGUACGUCGAGACGAGCGCCAAGAGCGGCGAGAACGUUGAAAAGGCGUUUAUGCGCGUCGCCGAGAGGAUAUACAAUAACAUCCAGGCUGGGAAAUACGACCUCAACGAUCGGAGAUCUGGUGUCAAGGGCCCGAGUGCGGGGGGCAACAAGCAAGUGAGAAUAGGAGGCGACGCGAAUAAGGGCUCCGGCGGCGGCUGUUGUUAGAUGUGCCGCGAAACGAGCCAAAAACAAAAGCAUACACGAGAAGGACAGUGAUACCCAGAGGACCAUUAGCAACAGUUUUCUCUUCUUCGUUCUUUCGCAUUCAGCAACCCCCUUUGUACUACUACUUUUUUUGUAAUUAUAAUGUAUGGUCAAUGGGCUGGUCAAUUCACGACGAGAGAAAGAAAUAGUAGGAACAAGGAACAAAUU